UUCAAUCUCGGUUCCUGCUUGAUCUCGAGGGGACGAUCGGUUUACGUUUGGGAUCGUCUCUUCUGUGUACGAAUCUUUUGCUAAUUUCUUCUCGAUCAGAGCUUUUCUGAUCCCUCCUGAAUCGGCAUUUUGAGAAUGUGCGCUAGGAUUUGUUGGGGAAUGUUGCUGCCGCAUGGUUUUGAUGCAAUCUUUUGACUUCGUGUUCUACAUAGUUGAAGAUAAUGUUUUCUUUUCCUUCCACUUCUCCGGCUUUAAUAUUCUAUUGAUCCUGCCUUCAUUAAAAAUUGAUUUUUUAGGUCUAAGCAGGUAAGUGCAGAUGUCUUUCUUUCGUCUGAUUCCUCUCUCGUUUAUCUCUUCCUCUCGGUUUGAAUUGGUUUGCGUUAACUUUAUUGCCCUCCGAGUCAGUACUUCCGAUAAUGUUCGCCAUUGCUGAUGCUAGUUGCUUGUUGAUAGCUGCCAAGUUUUCUCUUUAAGAAGUUCAGUGGCGAACAUCAAAAGUACCUCGAUUGAUUGUCAAAUUGUCAUAUUCUCUGAUUGGUCUGGUUUUUCCAUGAAAGAAUCAAUGUAGAAAAAGAAAUACCUAAUCUUUUUCUAAAGUACAGGGCAGGAAAGUGACACGGAAGAAAAGAAAGAUUUGGGAAAGGCGUCUUCUUAAGGUGACAUUAGUUUGUUGCCGUGACAAAACUGUAUUCUUCCAUUGAAUGCUUCAGAACUGAGAUCUUUUAAAUGUCACACAAAAUUUGCGUCCUACAGAAUCCGUAUCUAAACCUUAAUUCUUUGUUCAAGUUUUUGCUCCUGGGAUCGACUUGCCUGCAUCAGUUUUUCCUGAUAAUUGUCAGGGAAAGAAUUUGAACCUAGACUGUCAUCUUAUCUUUUGUGGCGUUUGCAGGAAUUUGAUCUAUUAAGUCACUUUGUUGCAGAUUGAUGGGUAAGGAAAUCAUAAAAGUGGCUACGGGUGGAAAAUCAGAUUUAGUUGUUUGUGAUCAAGCUAAUGAUCUUUCUAGCAAACUUUUUGCAAUUGUUGAGUCAGGUAGAGCUAUAAACAACACAAAGGGUGAUGAGAACUCUCAUGAGGAACAAGAAGUGCCUCAUCUUAGAAAUUUAAGUUUGGGUCAGAAUACAGCAGAAAAGAGGCAUAGGACCCAGAAGUCAUUAGUUCAGAAGAAGCCAGCAGCAUCAAGGCCUGCUAAUGCUGGAAAUAUACAAUCUCACCACACUGUUCCUCGACCAUUCUCUCUUGCAACUGAAAAGCGUGCUUCAGGUGGAAAUAGAGCUUUUAUUUCUGAGAGUAACUUACCUCCCAUGACUAGCAAGCCUUUGCAACCUGACAACACAAUUUAUCCAGACAAUGAGGAUUCUUACUCUGUUGCUUCCACUGCACUGUCUGUAAGAACUAUGAGAGGCCGGACAACUGUGGCAACUGCCCCUACUUUCAGAUGUAAUGAGCGUGCAGAAAGGCGGAAGGAGUUCUAUUCUAAGUUGGAACAGAAACACCAGGCUCUGGAAGCAGAGAAAAACCAAUCUGAAGCUAGAAUAAGGGAAGAGCAAGAGGCAGCUCUGAAAGAAUUUAGGAAGAGGUUGACUUUUAAGGCAAACCCAAUGCCUAGCUUCUACCAUGAGGGCCCUCCUCCUAAGGUGGAACUAAAGAAGGUACCUCCUACACGCCCUAAAUCACCCAAGCUCACUCGAAGAAAGAGCCACGGCGAAGCCACCACACCUGAAGGAGAUAACUGCAAUGGAGUAUGCGGUCGGUUUCAUUGUCAUAGCUUGGGCACCAACAUGGAAGCCACAAACAAGUUGCAGAACAGCUCCAAGAAUAUGAAAGGCAAAGAAGGGCUCAAGUCCAAGCCUCUUGCUGGAGUGGGGAUGUGAGGUGUGCUUUUACAUGCUCUUGGAAGCUUACCUCUCACGUCUCACCUCACAAAAAUGACCUCGUACUAUCUAUCUGAGCUGAUGUUUUUGUUUAUUGAUUGACUCUGGCUUUUGAGGACUUUGGUCACCGACGGUGCCAUGUUUGAUGCUGUAAAUUCUGUAUCUUAUUUGUAUACGUGUGUAUCAACCUCACAGUUGCUCGGUACUGAA